CUGAUGAGGUUGAUCAUCAGGGGAGACUGACUAGACUGGGACUAGAGAUGAGAGAGAGAGACGUAGUGCCAUGAAGAGGCCAAAACCAGAUGUGGCCCCAUCUGUGUGGUCGUUGUGCUGUGCUGGGAGGAGAUAAGUUUUUGAUUCCCUUGCAUGUACAUGGUGCAUGAAACCUCCUGCAUAUGCAGAAGCUUUUGCAUGCAGAUGCCUUUGAUCUUUGCAAGAAGUUACCAUGCCUUUGCUUUAUCCCUCCUCCCCCUGCCUGCUCCUGCUGCUGCUAGCUAGCUAGCUAGGAACCUCUUGCAAGAUCACACAUGGCUUUUCCUUUUCUCCCCCUCUAAAUCCACCUUUAUUCUCUCUCCACUCCCAAAACUCACCCUUAAAAGAAGCCGAUUCCCUCCUCUGAUCCCUCAUCAAACACACUCUCUCACAUUCACAUUCUCUCUCCACACCCCUCUCUCUCUAGCACACAGACACUUGAUCAUAUCUGAGAAGUAAUAUACUAGAAGCUUGUAGCAGCUACUGCCAAUAGUGCAAGGUCCAAGUCCAACACAAAGGAUUCUAGUACAGGACGGUGGACGGCUGAGCUUGGCAGCAUGGCGUCUUCGGCCUCCGACCUAACCCUAGACUACAAGCCCAACGGCAACAGCAACGGCGGCGGCGCGUACGCUGUGAUCCCGAAGCAGCAGCAGGAGACGCUCGUCGACGGCCACCACCUGACGACGGAGCAGACGACGCAGAAGCUCCGGGAGUUCCUCGCCCGCCUGGAGGAGGAGCGUCUCAAGAUCGACGCCUUCAAGCGCGAGCUUCCCUUGUGCAUGCAUCUUCUCAACCACGCCAUGGAGGCCUACGGGCAGCAGCUGGAGGCGUACCAGAUGGGGAGCCUGCAGGGCGCGCCGGCGAGGCCGCUGGUGCUGGAGGAGUUCAUACCGCUCAAGAAAAUCGGGAUCGACGCCGCCGCCGACAAGAUGGGGAACCAGCCGUCGGAGAAGGCGAGCUGGAUGGAGUCGGCGCAGCUCUGGAACGGGCCCGGCGCAGCGUUGGCGGCGGCGGACACUGCGGCGAAGGGUCCGCAGACGCCCAAAGAGAGCUCGGAGCACCAGUUGCCGAUCGACACGCUCGGCGCGCUCGACACUGCCGCGGGGCAGCGCAACGGCGGCGCGUUCCUCCCGUUCGCCAAGGACAAGGCCGCCGCGGAAGCCGCGGCGCUGCCGGAGCUCGCCCUCGCGCCGGCGGAGAAAGACGCGGCCGAGACCGACAGGAAGCCGUACCUUGACGCCGCCGGAGCCAACGGUGGCCUGGGCGCGCGGAGAGACGUCCAGAACGGGGUGAAGCCGGCGUCGAACGCGACGGAUGGGCAAGCGCCGCCGCCCCCGCAGACGCACAGGAAGGCUCGUCGGUGCUGGUCGCCGGAGCUGCACCGCCGCUUCGUCAAUGCCCUGCAGAUCCUCGGCGGCGCCCAAGUGGCGACCCCGAAGCAGAUCCGCGAGCUGAUGAAGGUGGAUGGAUUGACCAAUGAUGAGGUGAAAAGCCAUCUCCAGAAGUACAGGCUGCACACGCGGCGGCCGAUGCCGACGCCGCCGGCGCCGGCGACCGCGGCGCCGCAGCUGGUGGUGCUCGGCGGCAUCUGGGUGCCGCCGGAGUACGCGACGCAGGCGGCGGGCCAGGCCAUCUACGGCGCGCACCCGGCGACGCAGCCGCACUACACGGCGGCGGUGGCGGCGGCGCAGGAGUAUUACCCGCCCCCCGCGGCGGUGCACCACCUGCAGCACCACCCGGCGGCCGCCAUGGUGCACCACCGCGCGGCCGCGCCACCGCCGCCGCAGGCCGCCGCGUACAAGGCGGCCAUGGCGGGCUCGCCGCCGGAGUCGUCGGAGGGCCUCGGCAGCGCAGGAGGAGGCAGCGUCGGCGGCGGCGGCGGAAGGGAGAGGUCGGAGAGCAUCGAGGAUGAGGACGAGGGCGAGGAACGGGAGGACGACGGCGACGACGACGACGACGUGCCGGCCGCCAAGACCGACGGCGAGGACUCCACCGGCGCCGCGGCGAUCAAGUACUGAUCAUUGAUCAAACAAAAUUAACUAGCUAGCUUAAUCACUACUAUUAACUCCGGGAUUUUUCUAAAAGUCUGUGCUGUUGCAUCAUCGGGAAAGUGGAUUUUUGUUCGCGCCCGCGCGGAGAACGGACGCCGAUCGAUCUGAACUCACUCCACUCCACUCCACCCAACAACAUGUGGAGUGGAGCCGAGUGUCCGAGAUUGUCUCAUUCGUGAUGUGAUACAUGAGCGAGGGGCCUUUUGUUUACUUUUGGGGGCUUGGCACAUUGGUCUCUCUUUGUUCUUGCUUUUGUUUUCGUUUUCGUUUGAACUAGUAGUAAAUAUAGUUGUGGUGAAAUAUGAUCACCUAAUAGGUUAAUGUAAACUUGGUUGGAUCUAGAGAUAAUUGGGAAAUGUGGAUUGGACUUUACUAUGCAUUUCUUUGAUUGUUACAUGCUUGUACCCUAGUGUUAUGAUAAGCACGUUGAGGACCCUUGAAUAAUGCAAGCUGGUUAAAAUUUCAGGUGUA